AUGUCCCAAAGAGUGCAUCGAGCACUGCUUCCAAUUUAUGGGCAAUUUGGUCGGCCUACUGAGGGAGCUAUUCGGAAGCUUUUUACAUUAUUGGACAUUAAACCACCAACACGCAGACGUAGAGUGAGGACUGAAGAAAAUAUUGCGGCUGUAUCCGCCAGUCAAUUGGGCCUCUGUUACUCCACUACGUGGAAAAUUUUGCGAUGGGAGUUGGGUGUAAAACCUUAUAAAAUACAGCUGGUGCAAGAAUUGAAGCCACACGACCUCCCACAACCUUUCCAAUUUGGUGAAUGGGCGCUGGCAAAGUUGGAGGAAGAUCCACAUUUUUAUCGAAGCUCAUUGCUGCAAAAUUGCCGCAUCUGGAGUGAAGACUAUCCAGAAGCAUUGCAAGAGCUACCAAUGCAUCCCGAAAAAAUCACUGUUUGGUGUGGAUUAUGGGCCAGUGGCAUCAUCGGGCCGUACUUCUUCAAAGACGACAAUGGCCGGAACGUAACUGUGAAUGGCGAGCGCUACCGUGCGAUGAUAACAAACUUUUUUUUGCCCAAAAUGGAAGAGCUGGACUUCUCUGACAUGUGGUUUCAACAAGAUCGUGCCACAUGCCACACCGCACACGAAACAAUAGCCCUAUUGAGAGGCGAGUUCGGUGAACAGUUUAUCUCACGUUUGGGGCCCGUCAAUUGGCCGCCUAGAUCGUGUGAUUUAACGCCGUUAGAUUAUUUCUUGUGGGGCCAUGUUAAGGCUAAUGUCUACAGCAGAGUUCCCCAAACUUUUUUGUGUCGUAGACCCCUUGCCAUGUUUUUCCGUGUUGGCUAG